AGGGCGGGGCUAACGCUUCCUCCCUGGCGGGGCCGAGGCCGCGCCGAGCCGAGCCGAGCUGUGCCGUGCCCCGCCCCGCCCGGCGCCCUCAGCAUGCACGGCGCGCUCGCCAUCCCCGAGGAGGUCCGCAGCCUCCUGGCAGAUGUUGACACAUUUAUUUCUCAAACCCUAAAAGGAGAAAAUCUAUCCAAGAAAGCAAAAGAAAAAAAGGAUAUUCUUCUUAAGAAGUUAAAAGAUGUUAAGGCAAGCUAUCCUCAAGAAUUCCAGGAUAAAGAAUUGGAAGAUGAGGAAGAGUCUGAGGGCUCUUUUCCUUCAGCUCCUGACAGUGUCUCAAUAGCAUCUGACCGAUAUGAUAAAGAGGAUGAAGCACCCUCUGAUGGGAGUCAGUUUCCUCCUGUUGCAGCUCAAGAUCUUCAGUUUGUUCUGAAGGCUGGAUACCUUGAGAAACGCAGAAAAGAUCACAGUUUUCUUGGCUUUGAAUGGCAAAAGCGUUGGUGUGCUAUCAGUAAGACGGUCUUCUAUUAUUAUGGAAGUGACAAAGACAAACAACAGAAAGGUGAAUUUGCCUUAGAGGGUUACACCAUCAGAAUGAAUAAUAGCCUUCGGAAGGAUGCAAAGAAAGAUUGCUGUUUUGAAAUCUCUGCUGCUGAUAAGCGCAUUUAUCAGUUUACAGCUGCCACUCCCAAAGAAGCAGAGGAAUGGGUACAGCAAGUCAAAUUUGUAAUUCAAGACAUGGAAUCUAAUGCUAUUCCUGAGGAGGAGGCAGAGGAAGAAGAAUACGAUGAUGUUGCACAAGCAAGCAGUGAACCAAUAGAUGAUAGCAUUUAUGAAGAACUUCCAGAGGAAGAAAGUAUUUCUGCAAAGACUGAAGUGCCAAGAAAAUUGAGCCAGGAGAAAGUUACCAUCGUUUCAGAUGGUAAAAAUACCGAUUAUGCUAAUUUCUAUCAAGGUUUGUGGGACUGCACAGGAGAUGUACCUGAUGAGUUGACAUUUAAACGUGGUGACGUUAUCUACAUUCUCAGCAAGGAGUACAAUAGAUUUGGCUGGUGGGUAGGAGAAAUGAAGGGAACCAUUGGCUUGGUGCCUAAAGCCUACAUAAUGGAGAUGUAUGAUAUUUGAGAGGCCUGGGAGAAAUCUGCAGUUGAGAUCAAGAGCGGAGUGCAGCUGCAGUUUAAAGACACAGCCUGUGAAAGAAGAUUCUGCUGUACACAUUUUGCGGUUUCAGUGAAUGUAGUCAGAUCAUUGUCCUAUAUAUAUUAAACAUUAAAAACUGCAAUUGAUCAUCAUUUUGAGGAAAUGUUCAUCUUUUUAUAGAACUGUAAUGCUAAGAAAUGAAAUAGAUGAUAAUUAACAUGGGGCACAAGCAGUCAAAUAGUGCCUGUUGCUUUUUGCUUAAGCAUAUUAGCAGUAUUUCAUAUUUUUAUAGGUUUCUGUUGCUCCAGUGAACUUGGAUGUGUUUUUCUGUUAUUCAAAAUAAGCUGAACUUUGAAAGCAGCAAAUGAUUAUUCACUUCAUGUAUGUAUUAAUCUUUUGAUGUAGCAGUUCACUGUACAUUUUGUGUGUAGCUUCCUAGGAAAAUCAACAGAAACUCCUGUGUAAUAAUGCAAAUCUUAAAGGUAUUAUGCUUCAAAGUGAUUAUUUUUACAUUUCAACAGAUGAUUUUUUUUUCAUGUAUGUUUAGUAUUGUUAAUGUUAGUUAAUAUUUUGUUAUCCUGAAAUAAAGGAUUGGCUCCUUUGGUAAUGUAAAUCAGUUUAGUUUGUAGUUGGUAAUACUGCUGUGACACCGUUCUGCCAGGCAAACAUGAAUCAUGAAAAAUUGGCAAAAGACAAUAUAUUAAGUAAGACUGCUUUUGGUAAACUGAUACAAAAUAAAUGGCAACUAAGAGUGAUUUUUUCAGUGGUAAUGAUGAAAUAUUCUUUUUACCUGUUGCUUAUAGAUACUUUCACAGAGCCAAAUCUAGAUAUUUUGCUCAGUGGAAUCUCUGGUACAGGUUAUACAACAGACUCAGUUCAACGUUGUAGUUAAUAAAGGCUACCUACAGUAUUAGUAGUAAUAAAUCUAGAACUUUGUGGUAAAAAGCAUCAGUCAAAACAUAUAAAAAACAAACAAACAAACAAACAACAACAAAAAAAAAAAAAACAAAAAAAAACCAACUACACUAAAAUAUUCUCACUUGUGGAUAAGGGAUGGGCUGGACAAGCCAGAGUUAAUGCUUUAAAUUCUCUUCCUUUGGGGAUGUGUUUUGCUGUUAGCAUGUAAGAUCAACUUUUUUGAAUCCUCCCACACACUUGAUUUGUGAGACCCUUAAUCUGCCAAAGAGGCAGGUCAAGCCAGUCUGUGAAUUGCUGAGCCUGUGCAGGUCCCCUUGUAGUUGCUUGUGCUGUUUAUGCUUCAGGCAGGCCCUGGAAACAGCGUGGGUUAAAAGGUAACAUUAGUCUAAACUCAGAAUUAGAUCCUUCUAAUGAGCUAAGAUGUGCUUUAUUUUAACUAAUUUAUUUUACUUUCUGGUACACAGAAUUCUAAUAGGAGUCAAACAGGAAAGAGAGCCUUCUUGCAAAUUUUUUUAAAGAAAUAGUCAUUGAAAUUGAUUCUGUAUGUUAUCUGUGAAGCAUUAAAAUGAUAGAUUAUAGUCUUCA